AGCAAGAUUUUAAUUUCUGAGGCCUUGUUGCCUAGCUCUGGUGUGAGUGUUCUAGCCAUCUGAGAAUCUCAGUUAUAGCAGUUUUGAAAUUUCCUUCUGUUUCCUAUGUUAUAUGUGUUCCCUACAAGCUCCUUUCCCCUUGUGUUUUCCCCUCUCAUUUUGCGGGGGGGGGGGGGGUCUUCUUAAUUUCUGGUACACGGGCGUCUAUUCAUACUUAGGGUAAAGCACAUACAGAUUCACGGAGGCUCUGUGCAUGGGCCAGGCUGUGCGCCGACCUGCAGGUAGAGCAGCCUCACUGUGGGGCGAUUGGCGCUUACCUGGACCCUUGUCAGGCAGUUGUUUGUAUGUGUUUUCUCAUGUGCCAUUCAGUUACUCACAGGAGCCCUUUCCAGGCUCCCGCCGGGGGGCUGUAAGCCCAGUGUGGGUGUUCAGAGAGCAAGUUAGGGGGAGAACACCUUGCUGGGGAGGGAAGACCAUGAAAAUCAGGGCUUGGUUGAAAGUAAGUAAAGCAAAAGCAGAAGAAAAUGACGUGUCGCUUCCUAAGACUUUUGCCUCUGGUUUGUGGCUGUAAAACAAAGUUGACUGCAGCCUAAGGUAAGAAAGCCUGUUUGGAAAUGACCACUGGGGGCGGAGGGUGCAGCUGGUGGUAGUGGCGCUGGUGGUCAUGGUAACCCCGCUGUGUUUGCGAGUGCUGGCUCUGCGUGUGGCUCACACGGGCUGCCUCGUCUAGUUUGCAGCCUCCUCAGGUGUGGGUGUCCUCGUCCCCAGUUUACAGAUGAGCAAAUCGAGGCUCAGAGAGGGGGAGCAACCUUUCCUACCCUGCAUAGCUGAUAGGGGAGAGCAGGGAUCCCGCUCCAGGUAUGAUUGACUUCGCAGCUUACCUGUGUAAGCGUUGUGCUCAAUUGGUUACACUUCAGAAACUCCACGUUACAUUUUUAAAAGUGUGUUGAUUGCAAAUUAGGUUUAAGGCCUAGCACAUCCCUUCUUUGUUUACUGAAAGAAAUAUCUAAAAUCGAAAUGCAAGAGACCUGGGGCCAGUGUGUUUGGACUUACAUGUUAUUCAGCCACUAAGGAGCUUUGUGACCUGGGGCAGAUUACUUAACCUCUCUGAGUUUUGCUUUUCUCAUUUCUGCAAGCAGCAGUUUGUGUCUGCGUAAGUGUUCCUAUUAACUUCCGUGGAAAGGAAAAUCUCUCCUGGUAGGAGAGGAAGCUGGUGGAUGGAGGACCUGCGGCCACAGCUGUUGGCGCAUGAGCAGUAGAGUGCUGCGCAGUCAGCAGCACGCACUGGGUCAUUCCCGAGCUGAUCGGCCACACCAUCGUCACCGUGUUGAUGCUCAUUUCCUUGCACUGGUUCAUCUUCCUUCUCAACCUGCCCGUUGCCACUUGGAACAUCUAUCGGUUCAUCAUGGUGCCGAGUGGUAACAUGGGGGUGUUCGACCCGACGGAGAUCCACAAUCGGGGUCAGUUGAAGUCACACAUGAAGGAAGCCAUGAUCAAGCUCGGUUUCCACUUGCUCUGUUUCUUCAUGUAUCUUUACAGUAUGAUCUUGGCUUUGAUAAAUGACUGAGGCUGCCAGAGCCAUCUGCACCACCGAGCGCAGUCAAGAAGCCAGAGACCAUGUGAAUCAUCCUUAGAACCGUGACCAUAGCAGUAUAUUUUUUCCUCUUUGAACAAAAUAAAAUAUUUUUGCUGUAUUUUUACCAUAUAAAGUAUUUAAAAAACA